ACGUUCCCAACACCCACUUGCGCCCAUAAACGCUUGAAAUUUCCACGAGUUUCCUUUCUUGGAGUUUACUUCCGAAGUUUGAUCGCUGACGUAAGUUCAUUUUACCUGCAACCUUUCCCUCUUUUCCGCAUCAACUCGAUCGAAUUCCGCCGCGUCGCGUGCGCUAUGCCACGUGUAUUUGCAAUUCUCAUGUCUGUGGCUCACGAACCCAACCCCUGCUGUCGGACGGUCGGAAGAGGUCGGAAGGAUGACAGAACAGCACCAGCACUUUGAAGACUUUGACCCAACGGUCAGGCGCACCAACGGGUCGCUCGAGACUCCCCGGUCGUAUCAUUCCGGUGAUGGGGGCGACUUUGGAAGUCAGAGUGGCGAUGGAUCUCAUCAUGCACCAAGUGCUUCUAGGCCCCACCGUUAUCCGUCGGGGCCACAGGCAUGCACACGAUCUUAUGCUCCUCGUGAAGAGGAUACUUCUGUGAUCCCAACCCGGUCCAACGCUGCCCAGUUUUUCCAUAACCCACAACGGGCAUCGUCCAACAGUCUGGCGCUCAGUAUCCAGACCAACCCUCGUCUUAUCACGCGCCUCAUCAUGCCUUAGGCUCGGUCCGAUACCCGCCGUCACCAUUCUACGCCCCGUAGCCGUUCGACACGGAGGCCGAGCCACGGCACAGCUGGCCAUCCCACUCGGCACGCCGGCAGUGGGCGAAAAGCCGGGCGUCUCGGUGCCAAAUCUGAUCAAGCCGGUCAUCUGGGGCAGCGUGCACAAGCGUCUGACGCUCCAGGGUAUGACCAGGAGCUCGCGAAUCGGUUCGUUUGGUAUCAGGUGCACUGGGGAUGAAGUCUCGUGGAAGGUGGGCAACGAGGUGCACCUUGAUGCGCCGGGUUCCGUGUUGCGCGUCGUCAUUUACUCACUCGCGCACGCCAUUUUCGGCGAGAGCUCCAUAUGCCACAAUCUUUCCGGAAUAAAGCGUUCCGAUUUCGCCAUCGGCCGGUGACAGAGCCCGGCAAGGGCCAUCACUGGGAGCUGGAUCUGUCUGCAGGUCUUGCCACAAGCGCCCUCGCAAGCGAAAACAGAGGGGUGGGCGCAACGAGCAUGAGGAGACCGAGUCUGAUGAGGACGACGACGAUAGAGGGCACCGCCGUCACCUGCUGAGCAUUCCCAGUCUGCUUCUCAAUCGCAUCAUCUCGGCCGUUUGCCGGAAAGCCAGCAUCGUUGGGGCUAUAGCAUGAUGGAAACGCCCGCGUCGCCUUCAUCGUCCUCUUCAAGCCAAGGCAGCAGCGGGUCGGGGCGUCAUCAUCCCCAUCGACCGGCAUCUGAGCUUUACGACUUUUCCGGGGUAUCCUACCCGGGGCUACCGAUGACUUCAUAUCACCAGAGCAAUCGCCCUAAUCAGUCCCAGACUGCAACUUCCAUCGAGUUCACGGGCCGUCGUACUGGCGUUGAUCCCAGCCGCAGCCACAGCUCAUACUCGCGGGAGUCACAGGAGUCCAGCUCCACUUCUCCGCGCCGUACUUGAAUGGAGGACAUCUGUCUCUAAGAAGGUCAGCUUUUGGUUGCUGUUUCUUCCAGUCCCUGGUGAUUGACACGGAUCUUCAGGCAUCUCAUUGCUCGACACUUCCAUAUAGUAUAUAACGGUUCUUUGGGGUAUAUACAUCUGAUUCUUCCUUC